UUCCCGUGCCUUUCCCGGCCGCGGCUUUGCCGGCCAUGGCUUCCCCGCCGCUGCUGCUGCUGGCCCUGGCGCUGGGCCUGGCCACCGCCGCCAAAUCCCCGUACCAGCAGGUCCUGCAGCACAGCCGGCUCCGCGGCCGGCAGCACGGCCCCAACGUGUGUGCGGUGCAGAAGCUCAUUGGCACCAACAGGAAAUACUUCACCAACUGCAAGCAGUGGUACCAGAGGAAGAUCUGUGGGAAGUCAACGGUCAUCAGCUACGAGUGCUGCCCUGGCUACGAGAAGGUUCCUGGAGAGAAAGGCUGCCCGGCUGCACUGCCACUUUCCAACAUCUACGAGACCCUGGGAGUUGUUGGCUCUGCCACCACGCAGCUCUACUCCGACCGCUCGAACCUCAGGCCAGAAAUAGAAGGACCUGGAAGCUUUACGAUUUUCGCCCCCAGCAAUGAAGCCUGGGCCUCCCUGUCGGCUGAAACUCUGGAUUCCUUAGUCAGCAAUGUCAACAUCGAGCUGCUGAACGCCCUGCGCUACCACAUGGUGAACAGGCGAGUUCUCACCGACGACCUCAAGCACGGCACCACGCUCAGCUCCAUGUACCAGGACCUGCCUAUCCAGAUCCACCACUACCCCAACGGGAUCGUGACGGUGAACUGCGCGCGGCUGCUGAAAGCUGACCACCAUGCCACCAACGGGGUGGUCCACGUCAUCGACAAGGUCAUCGCCACCACCACCAACACCAUCCAGCACAUCAUUGAGACUGAGGAUAGCCUGGAGACUCUUCGGGCUGCUGUGGCUGCUUCUGACCUCAACAGCCUGCUGGAAAGCGAGGGCCAGUACACGCUCUUGGCUCCCACCAACGAGGCCUUUGAGAAGAUCCCACGAGAAACACUGAACAGGAUCCUGGGGGACCCAGAGGCCCUGAGGGACCUGCUGAACCAUCACAUCCUGAAGUCAGCCAUGUGUGCUGAGGCCAUCAUUGCUGGCCUGACCAUGGAGACCCUGGAAGGGACCACUUUGGACGUGGGCUGCAGUGGGGAAGAGCUGACCCUCAAUGGGAAGCCAAUCAUUGCCAACAAGGAUGUCCUGGCAACCAACGGUGUCGUGCACUUUGUCAAUGAGCUGCUGAUCCCAGACUCAGCUAAGACUCUGUUUGAGCUGGCACAAGAAUCUGAGGUUUCCAAGUCCACAGACUUCUUCAGGCAGGCUGGGCUCACCUCUCACCUGACUGGCAGCGAGCGAGUGACCCUCCUUGCCCCAGUGAACGAUGUGUUCAAAGAUGGGCUUCCCGUUGUCGACAGCAACAUGAAGAACUUGCUUCUCAACCACAUUGUCAAGGACCAGCUCUCCUCUAAAUAUCUGUACCACGGGCAGAAGCUGCAGACCCUGGGGGACAAGGAGCUGAGAGUGUUUGUGUACCGCAAUAACCUUUGCAUCGAGAACGCCUGCAUCGCUGCGCACGACAAGAGGGGCAGGUUCGGGACCCUGUUCAGCGUGGACAAACUGCUGACCCCCCCGUCCGGCUCAGUGAUGGAUGUGCUCAAGGCAGACCAUCGCUUCAGUACCUUGGUGGCUGCCAUCCAGUCUGCAGGUCUGACGGAGAACCUCAACAGGCCAGGGACCUUCACGGUGUUUGCUCCAACAAACGAAGCCUUCCGAGCCAUGCCCCAGGGGGAGCUGAACAAGCUGAUGGGUAAUGCCAAGGAGCUUGCCAACAUCCUCAAGUUCCAUGUGGCUGAUGAGAUCCUGGUGAGCGGUGCCGUUGGUGCCCUUGUGAGGCUGAAGUCCAUGCAGGGAGACAAGCUGGAAGUCAGCAUGAAGAACAAUGUCAUACACAUCAACAAGGAGCCCGUGGCUGAGAGUGACAUCAUGGCCACCAACGGUGUGAUUUAUGCCAUCAACUCCGUCCUGCAGCCACAGGCUCCCAGGCCACAGGAGAGAGGCGAUGAGCCUGCGGACCCCGCGCUGGAGAUCUUCAAGCAGGCAUCUGCCCUAUCCAAGGUUUCUCAGAGGAAUCCUCGACUAGCUCCUGUCUACUCGCGGCUGCUAGCCAGGAUGAAGAACUCGGCUGGGUUCUGAGCCACGCCCUGAGCAGCCACAGCCGCCGUCUGCAUCCCAUCCUCCCUGGCUGGCAGAGCAGGACAAAGUCGUUUUUAAAAGCCAAAUACCCCCCUUAAGUUUAUUUCUGUUGCCCAUGAAGUGGGCAGGAAGAGUGGAAAGCCAUAUAUAUAUAUGUGUGUGUGUGUGUAUAUAUUUUAAACCAUUCCCGUUGGGUUUGGACCUUAAUGCUCCCAGACCGAGGGCAGGGUUUGGGCUGACUCCUUGUCUCCUCUGUUUUGGUUUGGGGGGGGUUGGUUUGUUUAAUCAGUCACUAGUUUGGCAUUUUUAGCAUUCCCAGUUCUGGGGGUGAUGUGCACACCUGAGGGCAGGUGCUCCACUCCACUCUGGUUCAGGAGCUCAGGAAGAUGCUUGGAGCUCAGCUUGGUGCUGUUUCACUUGGGGAGAACAAAAGGGGCUGAAUUCAAGCCUCGUUUCCAGGCUUCCAGCUGUGCCUCUGGGCACUGCAAACCCCAAGCUCCCAAAGCAGGAAGCCAGCUAGGAUCUGACUGAGCAAGCCCCUCCACACCAGGGCCAGGAUGGGGACAUUUUGGGCAGAGUGACUUGGCAGGAAUUGUGUCUGUUCAGCUUUCUGAGCAGCCCUGGGCAAAUCGCUCUGGAGGAAGUGAAUUUAUUAAAUCCACUAACCACUACCCAAGCAAAUUUUUUAUUGGGUCCUGGCUUUUGUUUUGGUUUAUUUUUAAACAAGCAUCUGCUUCCUUCUGCCCCCGUGCUGGAAAAGCCCUCCACGAAGUCCUGAGCUGGAGCAGCCUCUCUGUGGAGCCAGAAGAAGCUCCAUCACGGCUGCUCGGGCUGGUCUCUUCUGCUGCCUUCCUUGGGCUUUGGUUUCCCCCUGUGCUGCAGUUUGUCAUGAGAUUGACAGGAGAGUUCUCCCGGGCUGAAGCCUCCCUUUUGGUUGGGUUUCUGGUUUGGUUUGGGUUUUUUUAAUAAAAAUCAAAAAUAAAAUCAAAAACACAAACCUGGCAAA